AUGGUAAUAUCAGAAGGGAUAAUUACGCCUCAGCUUAAUCCUUCAGAUUUCCUACGUGUAUUCGAAAAAAUUGCAAAAAUCGCGCGUCCUACCGCCACGCAAUCGCUAAUAGGCGCACUAUUGCGUUACUGGCGCAAAAUGCGAAAACCCUUUCUUGUCGUAGUUGUAGUGCUACUGAUAGUCCUGACGCAGGUUAUCAUUAGUGCGCCGGUUCGCAAGUCCAUGCGCAUCCAGCUGAAUGCUGAUUACUUACGCGCCAUGGGUGCCUACAAGCGUCUCGAGUCACGGUUUCCUCGCGAAGAGCUACAAGUCAUCACCACCAUUGCAAUUUUGAAUGGAGCACAACACGCGGAACAGCAAAUGGAACGUAAUCUAGUAGCGAUCGUUCGGGAACUCCUGUUUGGGGCUGCUGAGUUAAGUGAUGAUGAGCUCGUCGCUAAAGUUGAAAAUAUCGAAAAGCAAUUGGUGCGCGAUCAUCGAGCGCUCCUGAUACUUACAAGUGCAAUGGAUUUGGUGACGGGUGCAAAGGAUGUGUACGAUUUCAAGUCUGAUAUGCAGCAAACUCUACAACAAAUACGUAGACACUCCGAGGGUGAAAAAGAGGAGAGCGAUUCAUCGCAGGCCACCGAAGUGCCUAACAAGAUUAGUGAAGCAAGCACUGCGGCAGAGCGAUUAGCGGCGUUGCGACGCCUAAUAACGCAAAAAGUACGCGCAAUGAAGACGUUAGUGGAAGAGAAGGUGACACACACACUGGACUACCUAAUAGCAGAGGCAAAUGAAGGUAGCCUCUUAGAGCAGGCCAGCAAGAAAGUGGUGCGGAAGCGAAAUGUGGAAGAAGUACGCGAGGUGCCGGCUGAGGUGCGCAUGAUUAAGUCAAUUUUGACGGAGGAGGACUUCCGUAACAAUCUGGUAGACACACGACUUGAAAUGAGAAAUAAUGAGCUCUUCGACGAUUCGCUGGAAGAUAAUUUUGAAGCGCAAUCGAAGGAUAAUAAAUCUAAGAUUGUAAUUGCAAAUCGCAGCGAUAGCAGUAGAUCUCAAAAACAAAGCACUGAUCCAACAGUAAUAACAACAACUGCGACAACAACAACAACAACAACAUUACGUGCGGCAAGAGCGACAAAAACGCUCAAUACCCGAACAGCAGUCACCCAAUCUACUCCAAUUGUGAGCCCCAAUACAACAACUAUCUUCAUUAAUUCCACAAUCGAGGUAGAUGGACUGAAGUUGGAUAAACAGCAGGAAAGCACCUCCUCACUUGCAGCUCUCGAAGAAGAUGAAGAUUUUCCAGAUGCUCCACCACCACCAGAUGGUGCUGGUGGUGGCGGUCUGGUGGGAAUUAUUAGCAGUUUGAGUGGAGGCGAAGGUGGCUCGGAUAUUGGCGCUUUAAUUGGAGCUUUAACUGGCGUCAUUUCAACUUUGUUUGGGCCAGGCGGCUUAGAUAUCGAGUCCCUAAUCAGCACAGCUACAUCACUAAUUUCCGGACUGUUAGCGGGCAACAAAAACUUCGGCACAGUGCUCGGCAUUUAUAUAGGCACUGCAUUCGAUGGUCUGUCUGGCGGUGGUGGUGCGGUGAACAAUGGACAAUUUCUCGGAAAUCUGCUCGGCACAGUUUAUGCCCAACUCAGCGCAGACCCCGAAGACGACGACUUGCGUCCCAACCCAUUACUCUUUGCACGCAAUCUCAUUAGCAGCUUUAUGGAAGCGAAAAACCGCAAGGAGUCCGACGAGGAGGGUGACGAUGAGCGUCGCUCUGAUUCACCACAAAAACAUGGCGAUAAACAUAAGGGAGAUGCGGGCGGUGGCUCUGAUUCGGGUGGCUUCAUCAAACACAUAGCUUCGCAUAUAGUUGGCAGUCUUGUGAGUCUGCUGUUGAAUGCUUCGUUGGGUGCUUCCGGAGGCGCAUCACAUGCCUCCGCUUCGUUGUUCGGCAGCUCGAGCCAUAAAAGUGGUGGCGGCGGAGGAGGAGGUGGGGGCGGUGGACAUAAGUAUUAA